AUGACAGAGCUCCACGCAGCUGUGGCUUUGGGGGACUAUGACCUGGCACGUGAGAUUUUGAGGACAGGGCGCUGCGACCCAAAUCACAAGGAUGUUGACUGGCAUGACAGGACCCCACUGCACUGGGCUGCUGUAAAAGGGCAAUCGGAACUGGUCAAGCUCCUCGUAGAUCACGGUGCCCGGCAUUGCCUGCGGAGUGAUGUGGGCUGGACUCCAGCUCACUUUGCUGCCGAGUCAGGGAGACUGGGAGUGCUUCGCACCCUUCAUUCCCUGCAUGCUGCCAUGGAUGCGCCUGACCUCUUCGGUGACACUCCCAAGCGGCUUGCGGACAUCUAUGGUCACCACGACUGCUCCAGGUUCUUAGAAAAGUGA